AUGUUCUUACAAGUCCUUUCUGUGCUAGGUUCGAUAGUAGGGUUUCUCUUCUUGGUGCUUUCUAUAGCAUCAGGGCUCUACUACAUCUCGGAGUUGGUUGAAGAGCACACAGAACCUACAAAGAGGCUCCUCAGAAGGUUGAUCUACGGUGUCACGAUCACAUUGGCGCUUUUGAUGAUCUUUGACGGCUUUCCCAAAAAGCUAACAUUCUUCUCCAUAUUCACAUACUGGGUGUAUUUGCAGAAUCUCGAAAAGUUCCCCUAUGUUCAAUUGACUUCUCCAAUUUUCCUCGCAUCGUGCGUGCUAGUGGUCGCCAAUCAUUUUCUCUGGUAUGAUCACUUUCACAACCCUUAUAUUCCAUCAAUUGAAGAGCGUUUGCUGCCAUCUUACACCCCACCACGCAUCCCGUCAUUUGUUGAGGUGUGCUCCUUCUUUGGCUUGUGCGUGUGGUUUGUUCCGUUCGCCUUGUUUGUUUCCUUGAGCGCAAAUGACAACUUACUACCUCAUCACAUGGAAGUGCCAGAGGGAAAACGGAAGAAGAAGGUUGGUUUGGCCAAACUUGUGGUAACUACUGCCAGAGAGUACGUGUAUGCUAUCAGCAGAAAGCUUGGCUACGAGUUGGACCCGCACUAUGGCACCAUCAUCUAA